UUGAAAUUAUACAAGAGUUACCAAGAACUCUCUGAUUCCUUGGGCAAAUGUUCAGCUCCUUUACUAUUGGUAACUGUGGGUCACAAGGAAUGAAAGAUUUCAUGAAUGAAAGCAAAUUGAUAGACCUCUUGAAUGGUUCUGAGUAUGUUCCAACUUAUGAAGACAAAGAUGGAGAUUGGAUGCUUGCUGGUGAUGUCCCAUGGGAGAUGUUCGUUGAUUCAUGCAAACGACUGAGAAUCAUGAAAGGAUCUGAGGCAAUUGGACUUGCUCCAAGAGCAGUAGAUAAGUGCAAGAACAGAAGUUGAAGCAGUUUCACAAACAACAAUCUCAGUUGAAAUCAAGCGUUACAAAGAUAAAAAACAGAGCGGCAAACCGGCUCGAAUAUAGGGAUUGAGUAGGGAGUUUGAAUGUGUUCAUCAGCAUGAAGAAAAAAAAAAUUAUGAGGAAUAUAUUGGGA